CUUUCUCUCAUCUCCUUCAUUCAAUAAACACCGCCAUUGUUGAAUUCUUCAUUCUCAUUUGAACUGAAGAAGAAUCAUCAGAUGUCUCUUCAGAUUUGAGAUGAAUCAACUCCACUUCCUUCUUCUUUCUCUCUCCUUCUUCUUCUUCUUCUUCCUCUCCACUCAUGCUCAGUUAAGCAGCUUCACCAAUGGAAGACUCUCAGAUGCAGAGGCUCAUUACAUCCGUCACCGCCAGCUUCUAUACUAUCGCGACGAGUUCGGCGAUAGAGGCGAGAACGUGACUAUCGACGACACUUCUCUCAUCUUUGAGAAUCCUCGCCUACGGAAUGCCUACAUUGCUCUUCAAGCUUUGAAACAAGCCAUACUCUCAGAUCCACUCAACCUAACAUCUAACUGGAUCGGAUCUAAUGUCUGCAAUUACACCGCUGUUUUCUGCGCUCAUGCGCUUGACGAUUCCUCUAUCCGCACCGUUGCCGGAAUCGAUCUCAACCAUGGAGACAUCGCCGGAUACCUACCGGAAGAGCUUGGCCUCCUUACUGACCUCGCAUUGUUCCAUAUCAAUUCUAACCGCUUCUGCGGUACAGUUCCUCAUAAAUUCAAGCAUCUUAAACUGUUAUUCGAACUCGAUAUCAGCAAUAACCGUUUCGCCGGAAAGUUCCCAACCGUCCUUCUUCGCCUUCCGAGUCUCAAAUUUUUGGAUCUCAGAUUCAACGAGUUUGAAGGAAGUAUACCGCGAGAGCUCUUCGACAAAGACUUGGACGCUAUCUUCAUCAACCAUAACAGAUUCCAUUCUGAAUUGCCAGAUAAUUUCGGUAAUUCCCCUGUUUCCGUCAUCGUCUUGUCGAACAAUCGUUUCCAUGGUUGUCUUCCUGCAAGUUUAGGUAAAAUGGCUGACACUUUACAUGAGAUUAUUUUAAUGAAUAAUGGACUGCAAUCUUGUUUGCCGCCGGAGAUUGGUUUGUUGAAAAACUUGACGGUUUUGGAUGUGAGUUUUAACAAGCUGAUGGGAGCUUUGCCGGAGUCGAUCGGAGGUAUGGUGAGCUUGGAACAGUUAAACGUGGCGCAUAAUAUGUUGUCUGGAAGUAUACCGGCGAGUAUUUGUAAGCUUCCGAGGCUUAUGAACUUCACCUACUCUUACAACUUCUUCACCGGCGAACCAUUGGCUUGUUUGGGAUUAGAGGAUUUUGAUGAAACUAAGAAUUGUUUAUCGGAGCGUCCUGAUCAGAGAUCUACUGCUCAAUGCCGAACGUUCUUGUCGAAAUCCGUCCAUUGUAGCGCUUUCAGGUGUAAUAAUCCAUCUGUUCCUACUUUGCCGCCACUUGUUCCGCCGGUUUAUUCGGCACCACCAUCACCGCUACCUCCUCCGCCACCGGUUUUGUCCCCUCCACCACCUCCUCCGCCACCGGUUUUGUCCCCUCCACCACCUCCUCCGCCACCGGUUUAUUCUCCUCCGCCGCCGCCAUCUCCUCCGCCACCGGUUUAUUCUCCUCCACCACCGGUUUAUUCUCCUCCGCCGCCGCCAUCUCCUCCUCCACCGGUUUAUUCUCCACCUCCUCCUCUGCCAUCUCCACCACCACCGGUAUACUCGCCGCCACCUCCUCCACCAUCUCCACCACCGCCGGUAUACUCGCCGCCACCUCCUCCACCAUCUCCACCACCGCCGGUAUACUCGCCGCCACCUCCUCCACCAUCUCCACCACCGCCACCAAUUUACUCGCCGCCACCUCCUCCGCCAUCUCCACCACCACCAGUUUAUUCUCCGCCACCUCCUCCACCAUCCCCACCACCACCAAUUUAUUCGCCGCCACCUCCUCCACCAUCCCCACCACCACCAGUAUACUCGCCGCCAACUCCUUCACCAUCCCCACCACCACCACCAAUUUAUUCGCCGCCACCUCCAACUGAUCCUACACCAUCACCAAACCCUCCAUAUUGCGUCCGUCCUCCUCCUCUCCCGUCUCCUCCACCGCCGGUCUAUGUUUACUUGUCACCUCCACCACCACCACCUCUUGUGUAUUCACCUUCCCCACCACCAUCUCUGCCUCAUUGUAUAGACCCCUUUCUUCCUCCCCCACCACCACAUCCUCCAAUAUGUAUAGACUACUACACUCCACCACCACCGCCGCCACCAGUACCAAUUCACUAUAAUUCGCCUCCACCAACGGUUUUCUACCCAUUUGCUUUUCCUCCUCCGCCUCUUGAACAACAGGUAUAUGAGGGGCCAUUACCACCCAUCUACAGUGUCUCAUACGCUUCACCUCCCCCACCACCUUUCUACAAAUAAAUAUUCUUUCUUUUAUAAUCAAUUCCUCUAACCUUUCCUCACUUUGAUCAAAACAAAGUACAAAGUCCUCCAUUGAAAUUGAAAUUGAAAUCACCACUGCUUUUGUUGUUGCUGCCUCGCUCUUUGCAUAAAUUCUCCCUAGUUGGAAUAUUCAUUUUACCAAAAGUGAAGAACAAAUGAAGAUUUUGAGUGCAAAACAAAAACAAGAUUAGCAAAGAGUGCAAUAUUAGCAAUCUUAGAGAGGAGGAGGCAAGACGAGGAAGGAUCUCUCUUUCAAUAUAUUUAUUUGAAUAAUUGUUAGUCGAUAAAUUCCCAGUUGCAAAAUAAAUUGGAAGAUAAUUAGAAAGAGUUUAAUUAUUAUUAUGUAUGUAUGUAUAGUCGAAGAAUCAUAAUUUAGGGUCAGAAGCUGCUGCUUGCUUACUUGCUGGUUUGUGGGUUAUUACUACUAUUAUAUAAUUAAAUACAUUUCCCUUUAAUCC